CGUUUUAUACUUUGACUCAACGGUCUAAAAAAGUCUUUCUGUGUCAAUCGCUAGGGUUUUUGUAAGGUUUUCAAAAGGCUAUUUUUACUGGGCUCUAAGGACUUCUGUAUUUGUCACUUUUUCUUUACCGGACCUAUUGAAUUAUGGAUCAGGAAUGCUUGGCUCUGUCUGAUGUGGAAAAAUUGGGAAAUGCUGGUAACAUUAAUUUGGAUGUGGAAAAAUCAGGAGUUGUUGGCAACAAAAAUCUGGAAGAUAAGAUUGUGUGUCAGACGCCGGAGAAGACAACUGGGCCUUUAUCCAGCAAAUCAGUGGAGCAAGAAUUCAAGAUUACAGAAAAGCACAGGGCCAUAGUGGAUCUCUUUGACGGUAUGACAUGUUCAUUGAGGUUGCUCCAUUUGUCUAAGAAGUUGCCAAUUUUCCGAAAUGUUUGUGCUCAGGUUGAAGUCUUGAAGAAAAGAAAUUUCUCAUACAAAGAUCUUUCACAAAUAAAAUAUGUGCUCCCUGAAGCCAUACAAAUAGAUAAAAUUCUUGUACAUGACCAGAAAACUCUGUGCAUGAAGCCAGAGCUGAAAAUCACUCUACUAUUCGAUGUCAUAGAAGGUCAUCAUGAGCAAUCAGAUUUUGUUGCUCUGCGCCAAGUUUUUGAUGCUAGGUUGACAAGUUUUUUUGCUUGGCAUCUUGAGGAUUGUGACAUUCCAGAGGCAAUUUUACCUGAGCCGUUCAGCCAAAGGAGUCAAACCACUUCUGAUAACCAAGAAAGCUGCAAUAUUGUCAAUAAGCAAUUGCCUGAUUCCAUAGAUGAAUCUCUGUCAACUUCCACUGAAUCUGAGAUGUUGUUGGAAUCAUCUCUUCUUCAUCCAUCUUUCAAUAGAUUCUUCUCUAAGGAGGCUGUCAGCACUGAAGCAACUGAAAAGAGCACUCUCCUUAUAUCUACUAGUCUGAAUAAAGAAGACACUGAAGUUGCAGUUCUUGCAGAAUUGGAAGAGUUUCCUUCCUCGAGCUCUGAAUCUGUUAUUGUGAAUGACCAAGAUAUCGAAGACCAGAAAUUAAAGGAAAGCUCAGAUUCAUGGUCCAGAUCCACUGUCAAUGAUCCAUCAAUUGAAUCUAUGAAUCCUCCAUGCUCUAUUUCUAUUGUCUGUAAGAGCCCUAUACAAGUCCUCACCACAUCUGAUAGUUCAAUGAUAGAAACACCAGGGCAGGUGACACCAAAGAAAUUGAUUCCUAGUACCGAUGAUAAGCCUAUGAACAAGGAUAGCCAGUGGAAAGCAUGUAAUAAAUCAACAAAAAGGUCUUUAGAUUUCACAUCCGUGAAAGGUGAUAAAAGUACAUUAAGCUCCACUGUGGAUGGGUCAGAUUAUCCUACAGCUUUAAUUGAUGAAAUCACUCAAACCACAGAAAGUAAAAGCUUAAUUAGUGAGAAUAACCUCAUUUGUUCUCCAGAGUCACCUAAAAAUCAGAAGGCUUCUUGCUUGGCUGAUCUUGUUCCUUUGAUACACCGUAUAUUCCAGUCUGUCAACCGCACUUCUAUAACAAGAGAAGAACUUGUGCAUAAGAUUAUCAUUAAUAAUCUCGAUAUUGUUGAGAGAGGUGAGGUUGAAGAACAGAUUGAACUUCUAGAAAAACUUGCUCCUGAUUGGAUUUGCAGGAAUUUGGCACCUGGUGGAGAUAUUCUAUACAACAUCCGGAAAUUCUCAGAUUUGAACUCAGUUCAGGCAAGGCUUGUCAGUUCGUAACAACUGUCAGAAGUUCUCUGAUGAUCAGCAAUGUUUUAUUGGAUUUAGGAUUGAGAUGAAAGAAAAUAGAAAGAACAAGUAUUUCUGUGGACUCAGCUAAUCCUUGGCAGUCGCGGCUUCAGUGCUUUCUUCCUUUUUAGCCAUCCUAAAUUGUUGCCCCAAAAAACAAAAGCCAUCCUAUUUUACUUCAUGUAUGUAUGUGCAACUGUGGAUUAGAUUUUUGUUACGUUUUACUGCUGACAGUUCUAUGAUUGCUUCGAAUGAGCAAUUACUGUAGCAAUAUACUCUUUGACGAGCAUUCUUUUUUUUAAUGGCAAAGGUCUUUGUUAUUUAUUCUAUAGCUGCUCCCCCAUCAACACUAGAAAAUAAGCAAUUGUCAAGUUU